AAGCAAGUGGCUUCUACCAGCAACGGCGCUGGUCAUUCUCUUGGGUAGCUUGCUUUUUUUCGUGUCCGAGUCGCCUGACCAUGUGCGCGGACUCGAGGGAGAGGCAGUGGGGCGAGACUACAGUGCCAGAUCUUUUACGAAGAAGGCGCUAGAAUUUGCCUCAGACGAAGCCGGCAAACUUGCCCACAACGUCCUACCCGAAGGAAUCUUGCGCAUGGGAAAUGCCAACGAGGAGCACGAGGAAGGGCCGUCGAAGCCAGUGGCAAGCAUAGAAUUCAUCAUUAAAAGAUUUGAAGAGUACCUGCAAGAACUUCACAUGGAAUUUGACAAGGUAGUGGUUGGCGAUAACCCAGUGAUCGCGGCGGAAGAGGUUUGGGAAACCUUUGUGUCCCUGACGCAGAAGCACGUGCUGCCCCUUGACAAGGAGUACUCGCCCCCCAGGCUUGACCCCUCUGGCGAUACCACAUUCAUAUCCAUGGCCACCUACCGCGACGAAAACUGUCCCAAUACUCUAACGGAAGCUUUCAAACAUGCAGACAAGCCUGAGGGACUGCACGUGGGUCUGGUGGAGCAGAAUUGCUACUCGAAUUGCCGAACGGGCGUUCAGAAAGAUCUCAGCAUCGGUCUCGCCCCUCCCGACGUAGAUUGCGUGAAAACUUUCUGCGAAGGAGAGAUGGGUCAAUAUUGCAAUCACUUGAGAAUCUUGCGAAUCAAUGAAAGCGAGUCUUUGGGCCCCGCGAUGGCGAGGUACUUUGCCUCCAAGCUCUGGAACGGGGAAUCGUAUUUUAUGCAAAUCGACGCCCACAUGUUCUUCGCGGAGAAGUGGGAUAUGGAGCUUAAAAAGAUGAUGACACUAGCGGAACGGCCGAAUCCUGUCAUAACCAACUAUCCCCCGCCCCAAGGAGGACACUGGCAGCGGUCCAUCGGCCUCAGGAUGUGCGAGGGAUACUUUUGUGAACCCGGGAUCGAAUCCCAGAUAGUACGGCUGAUGGGCUCCUCUAGGUACGAGCAUGAGGAGCCACCAACACCUCGAUUUGCGCCCUAUGUUGCUGCCGGCUUCUUUUUCACAACGGGCCAGUUCGUGGUGGACGUGCCUUUUGACCCCUAUCUGCCCUGGGUCUUCAUGGGCGAGGAGAUCCUGCUCUCUUCGCGCGCCUUCACAAAUGGUUACCACAUAUUCUCCCCAACCAUCAACGUACUUUCCCACAUUUAUGUCCGACGAAACAAGCCUAAAUUCUGGGAGACGGUAGGGCGGACUUUCAAGCGUCCGGGCUUUCACAAUCGGUUGAACACCAUCGCCAUCCGUCGAGUGAAGAACAUGCUCGAAUACCCUGAGGUCGACGACGAGCUUGUCUGGCCUCAGUCCCUUAAGGUCGAUAAGGAGAGCUAUGGUAUGGGUAAAGUACGGAGCUUCGCUCAGUACAUGGAGAUGGUGGGCUUGGAUCAGAAGGCCAAGACCAACCAGCGACUGGAAUGGUGUGAAGCUGGUACCAUUCCGCCGGUUUUGCUGCGGAUCGAGGAAGAAGAACGACUUGCGGGAAAGUCAAUUGUCGACAUGAGAGGAAAGCAGAAAGGCAAGAGCACAGCCAUUCAAAGAAGAUGAUCGACGGAUAGCGAGAAGUGAGGGGUUCCGAUUAUGAAGUGGCGGAGAAAACUGACGCGACUAGCACGCGCGCUGUCAGCUAUCAGGGAAGUCUUCUUACUUACCAUAGUGUUAGGACGAGGAACAAAACAAGUGUUCUAGCGUUGCCCUUGAUGCCUUCGUUAGAGGAAGCAAAAGUAAAGAAUGCGACGGGAUAAAUAAAUACUUUAAAGCCG